UGGCUUCCGGGUUUGUAGUAAAGCCGCAAAGAGGGGGUUGCAUGUAAAUACUGGACAAUGGGUACCUUAUCGCAGCAGUAAACACCAGUGGAAAGGAAAGGCUCUGUAGCAAGACAAUGGCUGGCCUCUGAACAAGGGAAUGAAUUUUGAGCCAAAGAACCAUCCAUGAAGCCAAGUACUUAAUCCGAGGUGUGGCACCAAUUCAGGCACCUCUGACCUACACGUCAUUUAGACCCUGUUGAAAUAUUACAGCAAUGGACCCAAGAAAUGAGAGUAUUGUUCCCAGUAUCACUCAGUUGGAAAAUUUCCUUACAGAACAUGACUCAAAUGUUGUUUGGCUCCUAGUUGCUACAAUUUUGUCCUGUGGCUGGAUUAUUUAUCUAACCUAUUACAACUCCCGGAACAUUGGAUUUGUUUUAACGUUUGUCCUUAACAGAUUGUAUAAAAAUGGCUACAUUCAUAUUGGUUCCUUUUCCUUCUCUGUCCUAUCUGGAAAAGUCAUGGUUCGAGAAAUCUAUUACAUUACACCAGACAUGUCUAUCAGAAUCCAAGAUGGAUUUCUUAUAUUUCGUUGGUGGAAGAUGUACAAUCCAAAGCAGAAACAGCAUGACCCAAAGGCAGAAACAAGAUUGUAUAUCAUGGUGAAUGAUUUUGAAUUUCAUGUUUACAAUCGCUCUGAAGUGUAUUCACGACUUGAGGAACUAUUUGGUUUGGAACCAAGCAUAAUUCCACAGAAGAAAGAAGAAGAAAAAGCAAGAGAAAAUGGGAGGGAGAGAACACACUCGGAUAUUGGAAGUGUUAAAGUGAAAAGUGAAUCUUAUGAUCCCUCAUCAUCGUGGAGAUCUCUUAUUCCUGUCAUCAAAGUCAAUGUUAGCACUGGUCGUUUGGCGUUUGGGAAUCAUUACUUGCCUCAGACAAUCUGCAUUAACUUUGAUGAUGCUUUCUUAACUUAUACGACAAAACCACCUUCAAGUCAUCUUGAUCACUUUAUGCACAUUGUAAAAGGAAAACUGGAAAACGUUAGGGUCAUGCUUGUUCCAAGUCCAAGAUACGUUGGUCUUCAAAAUGAUGAACCACCAAGAUUAAUGGGAGAAGGCUUCGUUGUGAUGCAAUCCAAUGAUGUCGAUAUCUACUAUUAUAUGGAUGAACCAGGUCUUGUUCCAGAAGAAACAGAGGAAAAUAAUGAGGAAGAAACAAGUAGUGAGGACAGUAAAUUGCAAGACCUCCCACCCUGCUGGGGUUUGGACAUAGUUUGUGGUAAAGGAACUGAUUUCAACUAUGGUCCAUGGGCUGAUAGACAAAGGGACUGUUUGUGGAAAUUUUUCUUCCCACAAGAUUACCAAGUCAUGAAAGUCUCAGAAAUUCCACAGCCUGGGAAGCCACGGCAGAUCCUUGCUUUUGAGCUGCGUAUGAAUAUAAUUGCAGAUGCCACUAUUGAUUUGCUCUUCACAAAAAAUAGGGAAACUAAUGCUGUACACGUAAAUGUUGGAGCAGGCUCUUAUUUGGAAAUUAAUAUUCCUAUGACCGUUGAUGAAAAAGGUUACUCUCCUACAAUUAAAGGACAACUUUUACACGUUGAUGCCACCAGCAGUAUGCAGUACCGGACUCUCUUGGAAGCAGAAAUGUUAGCUUUUCAUAUUAAUUGCACCUAUCCCCGGAUCUGGAACAUGUCGCAGACAUGGCAGUGUGAAGUUGAAGUAUAUAAAGCAACCUACCAUUUUAUCUUUGCGCAAAAAAGCUUUUUUACAGAUUUGAUUCAGGAUUGGUCCAGUGACAGUGCUCCUGAUAUCUAUGCAUUUGUUCCCUAUACAUGGAAUUUUAAAAUCAUGUUUCAUCAGUUUGAAAUGAUUUGGGCAGCAAAUCAGCACAAUUGGAUUGAUUGUUCGACAAAACAACAGGAAAAUGUUUAUGUGGCAGCCUGUGGGGAAACAUUAAACAUAGAUUUUUCUUUGCCUUUUGAUGACUUUGUUCCAAGCAUCUGCAGUACUAAAUUUUCUUUAAGGGGAGAAGGUCUAGAUCUUCACUUAUUUCUUCCAGACAGCCACCCUAGUAAAUAUUCUCUCUUUAUGUUGGUAAACGAUUGUCAUCCUAACAAACUAAAUCCCGAGUCUUGUAAUUCCGCUGAAAAUCAAAGUGGUCAAAAACCAAGCAAACCAAAGUGGAGGAACAUCACUCAAGAAGAGGCCGGCUGGGUCGAAUGCUGGACUGUUCCAAGUAUUAUGCUCACAAUUGGCUACGCAUGGCAUCCAAUUUAUCCCCAGAAAGCUGAUGAGCAGUUAAAGCAGUCAUUGUCAGAAAUGGAGGGGACAAUGUUAUCUGGAUUGAGACCAUCCCAGAAGAAAUCCCCUUUAGCAUCUUCCCGCCCUCCUAUUGACCCUUCAGAGCUUCCACCUGAUAGACUCCGUGUGGAACUGGAAAUCUCUCCAGACUCUCAUAUAAUUUUAUAUGGACCUCUUUUGAAAGCCUUCCUGUCCAUAAAGGAAAAUUAUUUUGGUGAAGAUGAUAUGUACACUGACUUUGAAGAAGUGAUUGCAAGCCCUGUGCUAUCCAUGUCAACAUCUUCAAGUUCUGGGUGGACUGCGGUAGGAGUGGAUGCUGACAAGAAAGAGAGCGAGACGUCAGGCAGGCAGGCUCAUCCUCUAACUAUGCGCCCUUGGGAUAUUACUGUGCUUGUUAAUGUGUACAAAGUGCAUGGACGACUACCAGUGCACUGCAGCAGUGAUGGUCCUGAAUCUCCUACAGUUUUCUUGGAAAGAUUAUGCUUUGAGAUGAAAAAAGGAUACAAGGAGACAAUGUUGCAACUCGUGUUGUCGCCAGUGAAUUUGUUUUUGAAUGACAACUACCAGAGACCUCCUAUGGAUGAAGUACUUCGAGAGGGUCAUAUCAGCCUUUCAGGUUUGCAGCUACGGGCCCAUGCUAUGUUUUCAGCUGAAGGUUUGCCACUGGGAAGUGAUUUGUUAGAAUAUGCAUGGUUGAUUGAUGUGCAAGCUGGAAGUCUGACAGCUAAGGUUACAGUUCCACAGCUUGCAUGCCUGCUUGAGUGGGGACAAACAUUUGUGUUCCAUGUAGUGUGUCGUGAGUUUGAACUGGAACGGCCAAAAUCUGUAAUUACAUGUCAGCAUGGAAUUGAUCGCCGCUUCUGUGAAUCAAAGAUGACCUGCAUCUCUGGCCCUUGUCCAACCUCUGAUGAAUUAAAGUAUACUAUGACUCGCAUAGCAGUAGAUGGAGCAGAUACAUAUAUUGUAGAGCAUGGGUGUGCCACAAAUAUAAAGAUGGGUGCUGUACGCAUUGCUAAUUGUAACCUACACAACCAGUCUGUUCGUGAAGGUAUAAGUGCAGCCAUUCAAGACCUCCAAUUGAAACAAUACAUUGAACAAGUGAAUAACUGCAGAGUUGGUCUUCAGCCAGCAGUGCUGCGAAGAGCAUACUGGCUUGAAGCAGGCUCAGUCAGUUUGGGUCUCAUCACUGCUGACAUUGCAUUAGCCGCAGACCAUCCUUCUAAACAUGAAGUGCAGAGACAUUUUUUGGAAAUUCAUGACAGCAGAACUAAGAGGCUAUGGUUUUUAUGGUCAGAUGAUAAUACAAAGAACAAGAGGAGCAAGAACAAGUGUGGCUGCCUUGGUGGCUGUAGAUUUUUUGGUGGCACAGUGUCGGGAUUAGACUUCUUCAAGCUUGAAGAUUUGACACCCUCAAGUAGCUCUGCUUUUUCAAGUACGAGUGCAGAAUCUGAUAUGUUUUAUGGACAAUCUUUACUGCAACCAGGAGAAUGGAUUAUUACCAAAGAACUUCCAAAAACUAUAGAUGGUAAAGCAAAUGGUGUUAAAAGGAAAGAAUGGGAGUGUCGACCUAUGGGAAUAGAAUUGGAAAGAAAAUCCCAGCACCUGAAUUUACAAGUACCACUGCGAUCUCACAGUUCUUCCUCCUCAUCAGAGGAGAAUAGUAGCUCUAGUGCUGCACUUCCCUUGCUUGCAGGUGAGAGGGAAAGCCCUUCUGGAGCUGAGGACAACUUGGGGCAAAAAGAAUUCUUGGCAGGUGCAAAAAGAGAUGAUGUCCAUGGAUGUACUAUGGCAGUGGGUUCAGGAAGUAGUCCUGUAUCUCCUAACUCCCAAGAGAGGCCUGUUGGUCAAUCCCCUCUUAGAUCGCCUUUAAAACGUCAGGCAUCAGUAUGUUCUACUCGACUUGGGAGUACCAAAAGUCUUACUGCAGCUUUCUAUGGAGACAAGCAACCUGUUCCAGCUGGUGUUCAGUUCAGUAGUGACGUUUCUCGAAGCGAUGAAAAUGUCUUGGAUUCUCCUAAGCAAAGGAGAAGCUUUGGUUCUUUCCCUUAUACCCCUUCUGCUGACUCAAACUCAUUUCAUCAAUAUCGCUCCAUGGACUCCAGCAUGUCAAUGGCUGAUAGUGAAGCCUAUUUCUCAGCAGCUGAGGACUUUGAACCCAUAAGCAGUGAUGAAGGCCCAGGAACCUAUCCUGGAAGAAAAAAGAAAAAAAAGCAAGCCAAACAGAUCGAGUAUGGGAGAGGCUCUAUCUAUCACAGUGUAGAAGGACCCUUAACCACUACAUUACAUGGAGAAGCUAGUCAGGAUCCAAAGAACUUAUCAAUAAGAACGCAUCCUUCCCUAGCUUCAUUUGUUUCUGCUUUGGGAGGAGAAGAUGAACUUGUAGAACAUUUGUAUGUUAUAGAAGCUGAGAAGGCUCCAGAGAAUGAACAAAUCACUUCACAGCAGCCUGUAAUGAACUGUUAUCAAAACUACCUUACCCAAUAUCAGGUGGUCAACUGGUCAGUAAAGCAUCCAACAAAUAAAAGAACUUCUAAAUCUUCAUUACAUCGACCAUUAGACCUAGAGACUCCAACUAGCGAAGAAAGCUCAUCAUCUUUUGAGCAACUGUCUGUCCCAGCCUUUAAGAUUGUUAAACAGGGCCUGACAGCUAAUGCUCUAUUGGACCGAGGAAUGCAGUUCACAGGAUCAACAUCAAACACACCAUACACCCCCUUGGAAAAGAAAAUCCUUGACAAUACAGAUGAUGAAACGAUAACAGAAGAAUGGACUCUGGAUCACCCAGUUUCUCAGACCAGAACAACAGCCAUUGUGGAAAUAAAAGGAACUGUGGAUGUUGUUCUCACUCCACUUGUAGCAGAAGCUUUGGAUAGGUAUAUAGAGGCAAUGGUUCAUUGUGCUAGCACAUACCAUCCAGCAGCUAUUGUGGAUGAUCUGCAUUUCAAGGUCCUCAGAGAAGCGGCGCAGAACAAGAAAACAAGUUUCUCAGAAAAUUUAUCCUCCAAGCAGGAUGUUAGAGGAUCAAAAAUAGAGACCCCUGCCACAGGAACUACUCAAGCAAAAACACAGACAAAUCUUUCUCUCAAGCAAGAUAAUGUGACUAUUAAAGGACUUCAAGCUAAUGUUACGCUCCCCAAGGUGAAUUUGUGUUUACUGCAAGCAUCAGUGGAAGAAUCAUCAGGCAACGCUACAGGAAAAAGCAUUACCCAUGUUUCCUUAGUGGCUUUGUGCUUUGAUAGGAUUGCUACACGUGUUCGUAUGAACAGAGGUGUGGUCGAAGAGUCUACAAACAGUGCAGAAACUGGGAGAGGUUCUGUAACUUUCGACAAGUAUGUCCAUACUAGUAAAAUGCAGCCUCAGUCUUCUGGUUCCCUGAGAUCCAAUGCUGGAGCAGAGAAAGGAAAAGAAAUUGGAGCUAAGCUUAACAUUCACCGCAUUCAUGGGCAGCUCAGAGGCCUUGAUGCAACUGAUAUUGGGACUUGUGCAAUAACAGCUAUUCCUUUUGAAAAAUCGAAAGUUCUUUUCACUUUGGAGGAGCUGGAUGACUUUAGCUUUGUAGAUGAAACUGAUCACCAAGGAAUUCCAGAUGUAACAAGGAUAGGUCCCAGUCAAGAGAAAUGGGGCUGGAUAAUGUUCGAAUGUGGAAUUGAAAACCUAACAAUAAAAGGGGGCCGACAAUCAGGUGCUGUUUUAUACAGUGCAUUUGGAAAUCUGGGUAAAUCUACAGCCACAGAUAGGGGGGGACUGCUUGCAUCCAACAAUUCUUCAGAUUCUCCAACUGGGAGUGGUUACAAUACUGAUGUGUCUGAGGAAAACCUCCCUUGUGAUCAAACAAGUGCUGCUUCAGAUGUUCAUGCAAACUCUGUUUCAGAUGAGCAGGAUGAAGGAGUUGAAUCAGAUGAUCUGAAAAAAGACCAUCCAUUAAGACCUCCCCCACCCGAUUCAAGUAGUAUGAAGCUGACAAUCAAAGAAAUUUGGUUCAGUUUUGCUGCUCCCACAAAUGUGCGCUCUCCUGCCCACGUAUUUUCAAGGCAACUGAACCUUCUAAGCACUGCAACUCCUGCUGUUGGUGCUUGGCUUGUUCCUAUUGAUCAAGUGAAAUCCUCCUUAAACAAAUUGGAAACAGAAGGAACACUACGAGUUUGUGCUGUCAUGGGCUGUAUAAUGACUGAAGCGUUAGAGAACAAAAGCGUCCACUUUCCUUUGAGAAGCAAGUACAAUAGGCUUACUAAAUUAGCCCGCUACCUACAAGAAAAUCCUUCCUGUUUGCUGUGUAAUAUACUGCACCACUAUCUUCACCAGGCAAACUAUUCCAUCAUUGAGGAUGCAACUAUGAGUGAUGGCCUUCCUGCUCUUGUAACUUUAAAGAAAGGUCUCAUUGCCUUAGCUAGGCAGUGGAUGAAAUUCAUUGUUGUAACACCAGCCUUCAAAGGGGUGAAUUUACAUAGGCCAGCUCAGCCUAUGAAACUCCAGUCAGCUGCACCCAAUCAGCAAGAGGAGGGCUUUGGUUUAGACAAUGGAGGUGGUCUUCAGAGUGACACAAGUGCUGAUGGAGCAGAGUUUGAGUUCGAUGCAGCCACUGUCAGUGAACAUACAAUGCUUUUGGAAGGGACUGGUACCCGCCCCCCACCUGCUGGAGGAUCUUCUGGGCCAGUGACUGGUGCUGAGAUUAUGAGAAAACUAUCAAAGACUCAUACACAUAGUGAUUCUGCGCUUAAAAUAAAGGGUAUCCAUCCAUAUCACUCCCUGAGCUACACUAGUGGAGAUACAGCUACAGACUCACCAGUGCAUGUUGGACGUUCUGGAGUGCUUAUCAAAGAAAGUCCAAGGAAAGAAAGUCUGCUCAGCUACCUGACAGGAAGUUUUCCUAGCCUACACAAUCUCUUGGAAGGAACUCCUCAAAGAAAUGCAACAGCCCCUAAAAGUAGUUCUUUAACAAGAACAGUGAAUACAAUGCCCUCUGAGAUGUUGUCAGAGCAUCCUUUAUUAACUGAGCCAUCAUCGGUGAGCUUUUACAACUGGAUGUCAAAUGCUGUGGGCAACAGAGGCAGUGUGGUGCAAGAAUCUCCUGUCACCAAAUCUGGACACAAUAGUCUUCCAACAGGUGUAGCCCCAAAUCUUCCUACUAUACCUUCAGCAUCUGACUUCAAUACAGUACUUUCCAGUGAUCAGAACACAUUGGAUGGAACACAUUCACAACACAGUACCAGUCAGGAUGAUAUCGCUGGUAUAGAGGAAGGUAACCGGGGAUUUCCUGCUGUUCAGCUUGCUGAUGCCCAGGUUGUUUUUAAACCUCUUCUGAGUCACAUAGGAAUACAGUCUCAGGAUGCAGUGCCACUCUGCUAUCGGAUGUACUUUGGAGAGCAUCUUUCCUUCUCAGGGACUCUGGAUUGCCUUAGAGCAGACAUUGUGGAUUCAGAUACAGCGAAGGAUAGAAGAAGCAAAAGAGCACGAAGGCAAGGAGCAGUUAAUCUCCCUCCCCUUGAAUUUAAACCUGCAUUAAUGUUGGAAACGUUCAGCCUGAGUGCUGUUAUAAUGGAGAAAUCAGUUUGCACACCUCAGAACCCCACCAGCGCCCUUGCCUUUCAUGACUUCAACAAACGUCAUUAUAGCACUUUUCACUGCAAUUUUACAAUCUCUUGCCAGUCUAUAAGCCAGCAUGUAGAUAUGGCACUGGUGCGUCUCAUUCACCAGUUCAGCACCAUGAUAGAUGAUAUAAAAGCUACACAGACAGACAUCAAGCUCAGCAGGUACACGGCUGGUUCCGCUUCUCCAACGCCGACCUUUAAAACCCGCAAGCACAGAGACUUCCGUUCUUCUGACUUCAGUCGCAGCUCUCGAGGGAGCCUCAAUGGUUGCAACAGAGUAAACAAUGCAAAAAACAAACGUCCAAAUAAUGAGAACAAUAAAAAAGAAUCUCGAAACAAGAACUCCCUUGGGAGGUCAGAAAGAAGAACUUCUAAAGUAUCCAGGAAAGGUUCAAAGGAUGUUGUUGAUCAUGUGACCAUUCAUAUGGACGACUCUGAUUCGAUUACUGUAUCGGAACAGAGUGAGCCUUCAGCAGAAUGCUGGCAAAAUAUGUAUAAACUGUUAAACUUUUAUUCUCUUAUUUUGGAUCCAACAGGGAUUUUAGAAAAAUCUUCUGAAACAUUUUGCCCAACAGGUGUUCGGAGUCCUACUGAACCUGUAUGCAGAGUUAUAUUUGAGAAUGAACAGGAUAACAGCAGCUUAAGCAGAACACAGAGGAAGCGCAGUUUAGUCACAUCUGAACCUCAGCAUGUGACCCUGAUAGUUUUUGGAAUAGGCAUGGUGAACCGCACGCAUCUUGAAGCAGAUAUUGGUGGGCUAACAAUGGAAGCUGAGCUGAAGAGAAUCCAUGGGAGUUUUACACUCAAAGAAAAAAUGAAAGAUAUACUUCAUCAAAAGAUGACUGAGACGAGUGCUACCGCUCACAUAGGUGGUGUUAAUAUUGUUCUGCUGGAAGGGAUCACACCAAACAUUCAACUGGAGGAUUGAAGCACAGCCAAAGAAGAAUUUCUAACGGUGGUGAAAUGCAGCAUUGCCAAAUCACAGGCUCUUUACAGUGCCCAAAGAGGGCUGAAAACAAAUAAUGCUGCAGUAUUCAAAGUAGGUGCUAUUAGUAUCAACAUUCCUCAGCAUCCGGCUACCCUUCACAGCAUGAUGGUGCGGAGUUCUCAUCAGCUUUCAAAACAGAUCUCUGACCUCAUCAGGCAGCCAUCUACAGUACCACAGCCUACAAAAGAAGAUACUGCAAUGCCAUUACCUGCAGAAAAGACGCCUACAAGCGUAAACCAGACGCCUAUUGAAACCAAUGAAUUUCCGCAGUUGCCUGAAGGCUUGGAGAAGAAGCCCAUUGUUCUUAAAUUCAGUGCCAUGAUUGAUGGAAUUGCUAUUGGAGCAGCCCUCUUGCCGUCCUUAAAAGCUGAGUACAAGAUGGGAAGAAUGAGAAGCCAUGGAAUGACAGGUGCACAAACAAGGUUUACAUUUGAGUUGCCAAAUCACAGGCUGCGAUUUACUUCUAAAGUCUCUGCCACUGAUAUGUCUACCAUCCCUCCGUCAGCCAGUCUUAACCUUCCUCCUGUAACCAUGUCGGGUAAAUACAUCAUGGAGGAGCAUGACAGCUAUACAGAUCAGACAUGGAGUAUAGAUGAACUACCAACUAAACAGGGUUAUUAUCUACAGGGAAAUUACUUGCGUUGUGUUGCUGAGGUUGGUUCAUUUGAACAUAAUCUUACAACAGACCUUUUGAACCAUUUAGUUUUUGUACAGAAAGUAUUCAUGAAAGAGGUCAAUGAAGUAAUACAGAAAGUUUCAGGAGGAGAACAACCUAUUCCUCUUUGGAAUGAACAUGAUGGAACGACGGAUGGAGAGAAGCCAAAGGUUCUCCUCUACUCUUUAAGUCUGCAGUUUAAGGGUAUCCAGGUGACAGCCACAACACCAUCAAUGAGGGCCGUAAGAUUUGAAACAGGAUUGAUAGAACUGGAGCUGUCAAAUAGAAUACAAACCAAAGCAAUGCCUGGUAGUAGCAGCUACCUGAAGCUCUUUGGUAAAUGCCAGGUGGAUUUGAAUCUGGCAUUAGGACAAAUUGUUAAACAUCAAGUUUACGAAGAAGCUGGAUCAGACUUCCAUCAGGUGGCUUAUUUUAAGACUAGAAUUGGAUUAAGAAAUGCCCUCAGAGAGGAAAUCAGUGGCUCAUCAGAUCGUGAAGCUGUGCUCAUCACUUUAAACAGACCAAUUGUUUUUGCUCAGCCUGUGGCCUUUGAUAGAGCUGUGCUUUUCUGGCUGAACUAUAAGGCUGCUUAUGACAACUGGAAUGAACAGAGACUGGCCUUGCAUAAAGACAUUCAUGUGGCUACAAAGGAAAUAGUUGACAUGCUACCUGGAAUCCAGCAGACAUCUGCUCAAGCAUUUGGAACGCUCUUUCUUCAGCUAACAGUUAAUGAUUUAGGGAUUUGCCUGCCCAUCACAAACACACCACAGUCUAACCAUUCAGCUGAUUUGGACACUGGCUCUGCAUUAGUCUUGACCAUUGAAAGCACUUUAAUCACUGCCUGCUCUUCAGAAUCGCUGGUUAGCAAAGGUCAUUUUAAAAACUUCUGUAUCCGCUUUGCUGAUGGCUUUGAAACAAGCUGGGAUGACUGGAAGCCAGAAGUACGAGGAGAUCUAGUCAUGAAUGCUUGUGUUGUUCCAGAUGGUACAUAUGAGGUGUGUUCAAGGACAACAGGGCAGGCAGCUGCAGAAAGUAAUAGUGCUGGAACAUGGACUCUUAACGUGCUGUGGAAGAUGUGUGGCAUUGAUGUGCACAUGGAUCCUAACAUUGGGAAAAGAUUAAAUGCUCUGGGAAAUACACUUACAACGUUGACUGGAGAAGAAGAUUUAGAUGAUAUUGCUGACCUUAACUCUGUUAACAUGGCUGACCUGUCUGAUGAAGAUGAAGUUGAUACAAUGUCUCCCACUGUUAGUAUGGAGAAUGCUGAGUGUAGGAGGCAGGGAACAGCUAACAACCAGCCGGGGGAGCAGAGAGGAAGAAAGUAUGUUAAACGUUUAGUAGACAUACGGGAACUGAAUGAACAAGCUAAAGUAAUUGAUGAUUUGAAGAAGCUGGGUGCAAGUGAAGGAACCAUAAACCAAGAAAUUCAACGUUAUCAGCAGCUGGAGUCAGUAGCUGUAAAUGACAUUCGCAGAGAUGUCCGUAAAAAACUGCGCAGAUCAAGUAUGAGGGCAGCAUCACUAAAAGAUAAAUGGGGACUAGGUUACAAACCUAGCUAUAAUCGAUCAAAAAGCAUCACAACAUCUGGAAGACCGCCUCUAAAAAGAAUGGACAGGACAAGUACACGUCUUGGAGAGAGUGAAGAACUUCCAGAAAUACGUGUAGAUGGUGCAUCUCCUGGACCCAGAGUAACUUUCAAUAUACAGGACACAUUGAAUAAAACAGUUUUACAACAGUCCAGCUGUCCAGGGGAAGGGUAUUUUCAGUUUCCUGAGGAGUCAGAAUCGGAUCUUUUGUCAGUAACCAUUGAUGGUCCAUCCCAUUAUUCAUCCACUAGUGAAGGAUCAUGCUCAGUAUUCAGUUCACCCAAAACUCCAGCUGUCUUCUCACCAAGCAUUCCCUUCCAGCCUGAAGAAGGAAGACGAGACGAAAGUUUGUCUUCAACAAGUGAAGAUUCUGAAAAAGAAGAAGACCAUGAGAGAGAGAAGCCUUAUUUUUACCGAAAAGCCCAGCCUGUUUCUCGUAAGAAAGCAACAGGUUUUGCUGCUGUACACCAACUGUUUACUGAACGGUGGCCAACAACUCCAGCCAACAGAAGUGUGACUGGCACAACUACAGAGAGGAAUAUUGAUUUUGAGCUUGAUGUGAGAGUUGAAAUUGACUGUGGGAAAUGUGUUCUUCAUCCAACAACACUUCAGCAAGAACAUGAUGACAUAAGCUUAAGGAGGAGUUAUGAUCGGAGUUCUAGAAGUUUAGACCAAGAGUCUCCUUCAAAAAAGAAGAAAUUUCAAACUAAUUAUGCAUCGACUACUCACUUACUGGCUGGAAAGAAAGUGCCAUCGUCUCUGCAGACAAAGUCCAGUGACUUGGAGACAACAGUAUUUUACAUUCCUGGUGUGGACGUAAAGCUACACUACAACUCCAAGAUGUUAAAGACUGAAUCGCCAAAUGCGUCCCGUGGUUCAUCUCUGCCAAGAACCCUUUCCAAAGAAUCCAAGUUGUAUGGUAUGAAAGAUACUGCCAUGUCCUUUUCUCACCUCAAGGCUAAAACUUUACUUCCUCCCCAACCCCCACCCAUCCCAUCAGCCAAAGGGAAGGGAAGUGGUGGCAUAAAAACAGCUAAAUUGUAUGCUUGGGUUGCACUCCAGUCCUUGCCGGAGGAAAUGGUGAUUAGCCCCUGCCUGCUGGACUUCCUAGAGAAGGCACUUGAAACCAUUCCUAUAACUCCAAUAGAAAGGAACUAUGCAGCUGUUAGCUCCCAAGAUGAGGAUAUUGGGCAGUUUGAUAUGCAAGAUCCCUUAGAAGAGUCCACAGCCUCCUUGGUGUCCUCAUCAACCUCAGCAUACUCCUCCUUCCCUGUGGAUGUGGUGGUUUAUGUAAGAGUUCAGCCUUCACAGAUCAAGUUCAGCUGCUUACCUGUAUCAAGGGUGGAAUGUAUGCUGAAGCUUCCUUCCCUUGAUCUUGUAUUUUCUUCUAAUCGAGGGGAACUGGAAACUUUAGGUACAGCCUGCCCUACAGAAAAUGCUGCACAAAGUGGACCAAAGAUUAAAACUGUGUCGCCAGGUUCAUCACCUGGUCUGGGCAGCCCCUUUGGCAGAACACGGCAUAGCAGUAGCCAAUCAGAUUUGACUGGUUCUAGUAGUAGUUCUUCAGGCCUGAGCUUCACAGCCUGCAUGUCUGAUUUCUCCCUUUAUGUAUUUCAUCCAUAUGGAGCAGGAAAGCAGAAAACCAGUGUGACUGGCCUGAGUGCUAAUUCUGGGUCCCUUGGAAAUGUAGAUGAAGAACCCUCUUCAGUUACUGGUCGAAAAGAUUCAUUGAGCAUUAAUCUUGAGUUUGUGAAAGUUAGUCUGUCAAGAAUAAGGCGUUCAGGUGGUGCUUCCUUUUUUGAGAGUCCCUCUGCAAGCAAAACUGCAAGCAAGAUGGACACCACUUUAAUAAACAUAUCUGCUGUUUGUGAUAUAGGAUCGGCUUCUUUUAAGUAUGACAUGAGGAGACUAAGUGAGAUUUUAGCCUUCCCAAGAGCCUGGUACAGAAGGAGUAUUGCAAGGCGCCUUUUUCUGGGUGACCAAACCAUAAAUUUGCCAGAAACAUCUGGCCCUGGGACUCCAGAUUCUGUCGAAGGAGUGAACCAACACAUGUCUCCUGAAUCAUCACGAAAAGCCUACUGUAGGACCUGGGAGCAGCCCAGCCAAUCUGCUUCAUUUACCCACAUGGCUCAGUCACCUAAUGUUUUCAAUGACCACGGCACAAGCAGUAAUAUGUCACCUGGAACAGCAGCUCAUAACUUAAAAUCCCCAGCAGUGUCAAGAUCCAGGAGUGUGUCGGACUCUUCAGUUCCCCAGAGAGAUGCACUCUCAAAAACUUCGACUCCUUUCAAUAAAUCCAACAAAGCCGGAGGUCAGCAAGUGACACCAUGGGAGACGCUGGUUGUGUUUGCUAUGAACUUAAAACAGCUAAAUGUCCAGAUGAACAUGAGCAAUGUCAUGGGAAACACUACGUGGACUACCAGUGGUUUGAAAAGCCAAGGUCGUUUAUCUGUGGGUAGUAACAGGGAUCGGGAAAUUAGCAUGUCAGUUGGUCUGGGAAGAUCCCAUUUGGAUUCUAGAGGUGGCGUGGUUGGAGGUACCAUAGAUGUUAACACCUUGGAGAUGGUGGCUCAUAUUUCUGAACAUCCCAACCAGCAACCAAGUCACAAAAUUCAAAUGACCAUGGGCUCUACUGAAGCACGUGUUGACUAUAUGGGAUCCAGUAUCCUAAUGGGCAUUUUUAGUAAUGCUGACCUUAAAGUACAGGAUGAAUGGAAAGUUAAUCUAUGCAACACUUUGGAUUCCAGUAUUACUGAUAAAAGUGAAAUAUUUGUCCAUGGAGAUUUGAAAUGGGAUAUUUUUCAAGUAAUGAUUUCCAGAUCAACUACUCCAGACCUCAUCAAAAUAGGAAUGAAGCUUCAGGAAUUCUUUACUCAGCAGUUUGAUACAAGCAAGAGAGCUUUAUCUACCUGGGGACCUGUUCCAUAUCUCCCCCCAAAAACUGUGGUUAAUAUUGUAGAGAAAAGCUCACAUCAGCAAUUACUGGAUGCAGCACAUCAUCGCCAUUGGCCAGGGGUCUUAAAGGUGGUAUCAGGGUGCCACAUAUCCUUAUUUCAGAAUCCUUUACCAGAAGAUGGAAUGCAGUUUGGGGGUUCUAUGAGCUUGCAUGGAAAUCACAUGACAUUGGCAUGUUUCCACGGACCUAAUUUUCGCUCAAAAUCAUGGGCUUUAUUUCACCUUGAAGAACCUAACAUUGCCUUUUGGACAGAAGCACAGAAAAUUUGGCAAGACGGUUCUAGUGAGCCUUCUACAUAUGUUGUACAAACGCUGGACUUCCAUUUGGGACAUAAUACUAUGGUCACAAAGCCCUGUGGCGCUCUAGAAAGUCCAAUGGCAACAAUCACCAAAAUAACAAGGCGGCGUCAUGAAAACCCACCACAUGGAGUGGCAAGUGUGAAAGAAUGGUUCAAUUAUGUUACAGCUACAAGGAAUGAAGAGUUAAAUCUCCUUCGAAAUGUUGAUGCAAAUAACACAGAGCAUAGCACAACAGUGAAAAGCUCCAGCUUAUUAAGUGGAUUCAGAGGUGGUUCCAGCUACAAUCAUGAGACUGAAACUAUCUUUGCUUUACCAAGGAUGCAGCUGGACUUCAAAUCCAUUCAUGUUCAACAGCCACAGGAACCUUCAUUGCAAGAUGCUGAUGCUAAGCCAAAGGUGGAAUGCAGCGUAGUAACAGAAUUCACUGAUCACAUAUGUGUAACUAUGGAUGCUGAAUUGAUCAUGUUUCUGCAUGAUUUAGUAUCUGCUUACCUUAAAGAAAAGGAAAAAGCCAUCUUUCCACCUCGCAUUUUAUCUAGUCGGCCAGGACAGAAAAGUCCAGUCUGCAUAGUUGAUGACAGCACUACUGAGAGAGAAGACAACAUUACUUAUACUACAGUAGAUUGGAGAGAAUUUAUGUGCAAUACAUGGCAUCUGGAACCUACACUCAGAUUAAUCUCUUGGACUGGAAGAAAGAUAGAUCCAGUAGGCGUUGAUUAUAUCCUUCAAAAGCUGGGUUUUCAUCAUGCAAGAACAACAAUUCCUAAAUGGCUUCAACGAGGAGUCAUGGACCCUCUGGAUAAGGUUCUGUCUGUUUUUAUCAAGAAGCUUGGCAGUGCCCUGCAGGAUGAAAAGGAAAAGAAAGGAAGAGACAAGGAAGAUCACUGAGGGUGGUAAUAAAGUAAUGUGGCAAACACACAUUUUAUAUAUUUUUUGUUUUACAAAGUGUUCAGCUGUAUAAUUUUAAGUAAGAUUUACACUGAAAGAACUUAACAGCUUUUUGCUACUGUAUUUAAAACUUGAUUGACAUUGUGAGUAACUGUUUACUAUGGUAUAUGAUGCCAUUUUGUAUUCAUUCUAGUAUUGCAUGACCAAUGUUUGUGAAGAGAACUCUAAAGCUGCUGUUUAGCAUUCACAAUUUUAUGAUGUGCAAUAUUCUGCAUCUUUGAACUACAAAUUAACUGUGAAUUUUCAGAAUUUUUACUUGCCAUAACACUGAAUACCCUUUUGGGCAAUGUGAUUCCAUGAAUGGUUGUGUUGUUUUUUUCUUGUCCAUGCAUAUUGUAUAAUUUCUGUAUAAUUUAUGAAACUGUGAUUGCCUGUGUGAAAUUAUUUUAAGUUUCUUAUACCUUGGAAUAAAAUUUAAUAUGU